AUGUCUAAAGAAACCCCUUUUCCGGGAGUCCCCGUCGUCACCGGCGCCGCAGGCAAAGGCAUCGGAUCAGGGGUAGCGAGGGACUUCGCCGCAGCAACCCGCAUCGCCAACACGGACUUCAACGCAGGUCUCCCCAACGCCGUCCGCGACGAGAUCACCUCACCGCACCUCGCCGUGGAAGUGCGGGCCGUCUCCGGCGAAAUCUCCGACUCAGCCUUCGUGACCUUCUUUGACGCCGUCGUAGCCGCGUUCCGCCGCAUCGACUAUGCCGUCAAUGUGCCGGCGUGA